UCACUGUGGACACGUCUCCCUACCAUCGCCUAAGCUUUGUUUGCUUAGCGAAUUAAAAAAAUGCGCGCACUUACUCCCUUAACUUUACCUUUUUCAUGUAAAGUCUUCUCUUUCAAACCUUCACUUUUCAAUGUUUAUGCGCAGAAGAAGCCUCUGUCCUUGUCUUUUCUCUGCUCCAGCUGAGCUCAGCUGCAGUUUUCUGUCUAUAUUCCUGUCUCCGACCAAAAUCCAUGCUCUAAUUUUGCUUAAAGCUUCAAUGGGUUAGCCGUUUUUCAAACCAUUUCACCCUAAACUCAGCUCCCUGAGCUAUCCUCUUCAAAUUCCUCAUUGCUUGGAGUGAUAAUGGAGCAAACUAGACGCCAUAACAGGAUUAACUGCUCUGGUUCAACUCCAUCAGAGGAAUCAGCUCUGAAUCUUGAAAGAAAUGGCUGCAGUCACUCAAAUUUACCUUCUUUCAGCUCACCUACACUUCAGCCAUUUGCAUCUGCUGGACAGCAUUGUGAGAGCAAUGCAGCUUACUUUUCAUGGCCGACCCCUAUCCGGAUAAGCGUCGGUACGGAGGAACGGGCAAACUAUUUUGCAAAUCUUCAGAAAGGGGUGCUACCGGAUAUCCUUCAUCCGUUACCAAAAGGGCAGCGGGCAAACACGUUACUCGAGCUCAUGACGAUACGAGCCUUCCAUAGCAAGAUCCUGCGUUGUUACAGUCUCGGAACGGCUAUUGGAUUCCGUAUUCGAAAGGGUGUGCUGACCGACAUUCCUGCUAUUCUUGUUUUUGUUUCCAGGAAAGUUCAUAAGCAAUGGCUUAGUCCUAUUCAAUGCCUGCCCACUGCCCUGGAGGGGCCGGGCGGUGUGUGGUGUGAUGUGGAUGUUGUAGAAUUUUCGUAUUUUGGUGCACCGAACCCUGCUCCUAAAGAACAGUUGUACACCGAAAUUGUCGAUGAUCUGCGUGGCUCUGAUCCGUGCAUUGGCUCGGGUUCGCAGGUGGCCAGCCAGGAGACUUACGGAACCUUGGGCGCUAUAGUAAGGAGUCAAACGGGCAGUCGACAAGUUGGUUUUCUCACAAACCGUCAUGUCGCUGUUGAUUUAGAUUAUCCGAACCAGAAGAUGUUUCAUCCUCUUCCACCGACACUCGGGCCUGGGGUGUAUCUUGGUGCGGUAGAGAGAGCUACUUCGUUCAUCACGGACGAGCUUUGGUACGGAAUUUUUGCUGGCAUAAAUCCAGAGACGUUUGUACGGGCAGAUGGGUCGUUCAUUCCUUUUGCUGAUGAUUUCGACAUGUCGACUGUCACUACAUCUGUAAAAGGUGUCGGAGAGAUCGGCGACGUGAAGUUUAUCGACUUGCAGUCGCCUAUCAGUACGCUCAUAGGGAAGCAGGUUGUGAAAGUUGGAAGAAGUUCUGGCUUGACGACAGGAACUGUGUUGGCCUAUGCUCUCGAGUACAACGACGAGAAAGGAAUAUGCUUCUUAACCGAUUUUCUUGUCGUCGGUGAGAAUCAACAGACUUUUGAUCUCGAAGGAGAUAGCGGUAGCCUCAUCAUUUUAAAGGGUGAGAAUAGAGAGAGCUUGAAACCGAUCGGGAUCAUAUGGGGUGGAACGGCUAACCGGGGUCGACUUAAGUUAAAAGUCGGCCAACCUCCUGAGAAUUGGACGAGUGGGGUCGAUCUCGGGCGCCUUCUCAACCUGCUUGAACUUGAUCUGAUCACAAGUGAUGAAGGGCUCAAAGCAGCAGUGCAAGAGCAAAGAACCGUCUCAGCGACGGUUAUCGGCUCGAUUGUUGGAGACUCCUCUCCUCCCGACACAACGCUACCAAGGGAGAAGAGCGAAGAGAAGUUCGAGCCAUUGGGUUUUCAGAUCCAGCAUAUGCGUACAGAAGUAGAACCUUCUUCAGCCAAAGACCAAUCGUUGCUCCUGGAGACCGAGUUUCAUCUCGAAGCUGGAACGAGCACGGCUCCCAGUGUAGAACAUCAGUUCAUUCCAAGCCUCUUCAGUUGUUCUCCCUCCCAUCAAAACAGCUCUCUGGUUCGUGCCGUUUCCCAGAACCUAUCUUCGCUUCGGAACGACUGCGAAGAUAUUUGCGUUUCGUUGCAAUUGGGCGACCACGAAGCCAAGAGACAGCGCUUGGAUGGUUCUGUUUCCAUGGAAGAACUGAAAUAGAUCGUCCAUGUAAGAACUGUUGGUGUUUGUUAAGAUUUUCAGUUCACUUGCUCAAACUGAAAUAACUGUAUUUUGAGCUGUAUGCAUUCCC